CUGAAUUAUUAUUUACAUUUAUAUACUACUUAUUUGAGUCAUUCAAUUUGCCAGUAGCUAGAUUAAUCAACCAAUCAAAAACGAACUCAGGAGAUAACCAAUCAGAGUUCGACCUUUACGAAAUUAUUAUCAUUAUUUAUAAGCAUAGAAUUUACUCACAAUCAUUCACUAAUUAACAUUAACUAAAUCUUUUGAGUAAAGCAUUUUCUAAAGCGUGAAUAAUGGCAACUGCACAAAGAAGUAAUCCACUAGGACCUUCUUUAUUCCAUAAAGGAGGUAAAGCAAUGGACUCGUUUUUGGAUGCAUUUUUCGCCUUGGAUGUUGAUAAUCGUGAACAAAUAUCUCUAAAUGAAUUAAGCGCAUAUAAUAAGAAAAACAACCUGCAAGAUAAUUUCCCUGAAACAUUUCUUCGUCGUUUCGAUGCUGAAAAAACUGGCGUUGUAACAUUGGAUCAAUACUGUAAAGCACUAGGUCUUGUUCCUAAAGAAGCGCGGGAAUUACGAAGACGACGUACAACACAAAUGUUUGAACAUUUAUUACCACGUGAUUUAGAAUUUAUUUAUGAUGAUAUGGAUUUAGAAAUGAAAGUUAAAGUAAUGGAAUUAUUUGUUAAUGAUUUACGUGAAUCUGGUCGUAAAACCAAUGUAGACAUGGAAUUAUUAGAUAAAGCAAUGCAACGUUUAAAAGAAUAUUUUGAUACACGUUAUGGGAAAUCAUGGCAUAUUGUUGUGUCAGUUAAUCAACAUUUGGCAAGAUUUAGUUAUGAACCAGGCACAUUAUUCCAUUUCUGUUUAGGACGCUUCGCUGUGUUAAUAUGGAAGACACCAUGUUCAGCUUAAUUAAUUAACUAAUCAAUAAUUAAUCAAAAAAGAUUAUUAUUAUUACUACUACUACUACUCGAAAUCACUUAUUCUACGAAUUAAAUCUGUAUGUGUAAUUCUGCUUCCACUUUUCUUGGGGUAUUCAAUUUUCUUAAAUUUGUAUGAAUUGCCUUCUCUACCUGUCUGUUCUACUAAUCUUCUCGUCUUCUUAUUGUUGUUGUAAUAAUUACUAAUUGAUUUCAAUUGCUCCUGUAUUUCAUUAGAUUUCUAUGGUAAUUGCAUGUGUUAAACCUUGAAUACACAAUGCAUUGAAAUAACCAGCCUCAAGCAAAUGAGAAUGCUCAUUUGUCUACAAUGAGACAAGAACAGACAAACACAUAAAUAAUACAAUCUUAUGCACAUAUUACCUUGAUAAAAGUUAUUGUGAUGAUUGAAUGUCACUUGAAACAAACAUCACAUGCCAUACAUAAUUUUCGUUACUGUUUUUUUUAUUAAUAUCUAUCCUAUUUAGCUUUGAAUAAAUUGAUUGAUAUAAAA